AUGGCGGGACCCCUACCAGGCGCGCCUAUAGCCGUCAUAGACGGCACAAUCCAGCUUGUCGGCGAUCUCUCCCUCCUCGGCGGUGGCGGCUCCUUCCCCCCUCCUCCCUCCGCCCACUCUUCCCCUCACCCCCUCUCCACGUCUGCUCCCUUCCCCACCCGCGGCAACACCGCCCCCCUGUCUUCAAAUCCCCUUGUGCUCGCCGUGUCUCCACACCCCAGCCCAUCUCCUGGCGUGGCGGCCCGGCCUUGGGGGAUGAAAUCCCCUCUGCCAGGUGUAGCAGGCGUGGACAGGCCCGCAGUGGAAGCAGCAGCAGCGGCUGCAGCUGCAGGUCUGGAUCGGCCGAGACUCGAUGUGACGGUGGAAGGUGGUGGCGCAGUGCUGGGAGCAAGUGAAGCACCAUCGCGUGCUGCUUCUUAUGGAGAGCCAGAGGGGUCGAGUGGGGGAGAGGGAAUGGAUAGUGUGUGGUCGGGGAAGUUGGUCCAGGAGUGGAGUGGAAGACGAGGGGGGCAGCAUCUUGCCAGCGUGACUGAAGGCAUUGCGAGUCAAGCCGAUAUGAGAGAGAGACACGCUACUGGCAGUGAGGCCAGAGCUGGUGAGUUGAGAGAUGGUGGGAAGGAAGAUGGUGGGAAGGCUGAUGGUGGGGAUGCUGCAGCGUGCAGAGAGGAGGAGGAUGCUGGUGCUGCGACUUCUGAGUCCAUUCCACAAGCAGGAGGCAGCAUGGAGUUCAAUGGUGCUGCGACUGGUGCAGCUACUGGUGCAGCUACUGGUGCUGCACACACUGCGAUCUCUUAG